CCUAUCUCAUGCAUGCAUACUCAUAUUUUGUGAUACAGACAUAUACACCCAAAGGCCAAAAGGCAACACAUCGGCGAAAGUGAUCAUGUCAGCGACAAUAGCAAUUAUCUCGAUCUCCGUCGUCAUCGCAGCCGUAUAUCUUCUCACAAAUUUUGCAUUUCCCACCGUAGAGCCGUUAGUCUACUACCACUACUGCUCUCCACCAAAGUACUUUCCAGGAUCGUCUUCCAGGUCAAACGUCGACUCGCUACUCAACAUGUUCGUAAACUCAGCUUCUAUCUAUACAUACAACAACCUCACCGUCAACGGAAACUACGGACUGCACCAGUGCCGGGGUGAUCUCUCCUCCAGUGAGUGCGUUAGUUGUGUCACGCAAGCUGUUAGCCUGCUCCAAAGUGACAGCUUUGGUGAGAGCGGCUGCGCUUUACAGCUC